AAAUUCACAGUGCCAGUUUUCAUGAAGGACAGGAUUUUUUUAAACUGACCGUAGUUUUCAUUAGCGUUUCAGAUUUAAAAAAGGAAGUGUAAAAUCUGAAUAAUGUCGCCCUACCGGCAUAGACCAGUGUAUCGAUUCCUAAAUUAUUACUGAUCAAGCUGAUAAGCAAUGAGUCAUCAAGAGGUUAUAAACUCUUGGUUAUACGUUGUCGAGGUGAGGUGCACGUGGUUUUUUAAUAGUCUGGGGAGAAGCUUUUGACGUCAUUUUUAAAACUACAAUCGCUUUGUAACCAAAGUGCUUAGUUAACAACUGUAGAGUGCUGUGACGUCCAUGUUCUUUUGGAGUGAAAUUUUCUCCAUUCUUCAGGAAACUGCUGGCUGAACAGCGCGAAGGACUGUGCCGACUCAACCCCAGUACUUUCUCGAUAAGCAGCCAUGUUUCUUCCUGAAUUGAAACGAACAAAAGUAUGAAGAUAGUGCACUUUACUUUCCGUCGUUUCUUUAGUUGUUUCUCCUUUUUUAUUACUUUUAUAAAGAAAAUUUUAUUUAGAGGCCGUCAGAGAAAGUCUAGCCAGGGCGAUAAGGAUAGCAUACCAACUUCAGUGACUGUGAGCCGAGAAGAUUGUUCUCAAGAAGAAUAAAGGUUACCCUGAUGGUGGUUAUAAUACACGCCCAGAGACUACACCAAGUCGCUUUAACUUUGAUAUGAGUUAUAGCCCUGUAGAGCCUGAGCUUGGUACUUGGAAUGAUGAGUCUACUUCAGUAUGGGAUGAAGAAGCUGUUUCUGAGAAAGACAUUGAGUGGGAAACAGAGAAAUUAGUGAAAGAAAGAAAACAGGCAGAGAGAGAACGACGUGCUCUGGAACAACAAAGAAGAAGAGAAGAGAGGGAAGCACUGAAGCACAUGGACAAAAAAACACAAGGACAUCUUGGAGUCAGACUCUCUACAUAACAUUGUAACAAAAGGAUUGUAACAAAUUGAUGCAGGAUUCUUGUGUCUGGGCCUAAU